GGCACUAACAGCGGCCAGACCCACACCACACAGAAACAUUGAACUUGUUGAGGAAAAAGCCAGUUUGUUAGUUUUACGCGAAUUAUCGAAUUAAUAAAACGUUAUUUUCAUUGUUUAUUACAUAUUUUUGGGUCGGUACAGGUAAACUAACAGCGUGAAGUAGAAUGUAUUAGUUCGUCGUGCCGCGUUUUGUUCAACACUCUGCAAACUGGCUGAAGCAUUUCCUGAGCGUUUUUUGUGUGUGGCAAAAACAGAGUUAUUUUUGUACGGUAAUGCUUCUUUGAAGCCAAUUAACGCACCCGCUUUUAGGCGAAGGCGAAAGUUGUUACCAUGGCUUCCUUACUUAACAAACGCUCCUGGAAACUCCAGGACUUCCAGGCGCAUAAUUCCAAUGUCAACUGUGUGGCUUUAGGUCGCAAAUCUGGUAGAGUAAUGGUAACAGGAGGCGAUGACAAAAAAGUAAACCUAUGGGCUGUUGGCAAACCAAGCUGUUUCAUGUCUCUCAGUGGCCAUUCGACCCCAGUAAAAUGUGUUCAAUUCAAUGAACUGGAAGAACUGGUAUGUUCAGGCUCCAGAGAAGGCAUUUUAAAAGUGUGGGACCUUGAAGCAGCCAAACUUGUUAGGACUUUAGAUGGCCACAGGUUGACAAUAAAAUCCAUAGACUUCAACCCUUACGGACAACUGCUUGCAUCAAGCAGUGUAGAUGGUACAAUUAAAGUCUGGGACACUAGACAAAGGGGAGUUCUGAACACUUACAGCGGACAUAGGGGGCCAGUGAAUAGUGUUAAAUGGAGUCCUGACGGUCAGUGGAUAGCCUCGGGUGGUGAUGACUCGACAGUGAAAAUCUGGGACUGGAGAGUGCGUAGAGUGGUCAAAGAGUUUAAUGAACAUUUACAAAGUGUUACUAGUAUUGAAUAUCACCCCAAAGAGUUCUUGCUUGCCACUGCUGGCAAAGACUGUAAUGUGCAACUUUUUGACUUAGAAAAUUUUAAUUUAGUCUCAAGUAUUAGGUCUACAGAAAGUGAUAUUAGAGCUGUAGUGCAUGCAAUACAUUUUAAUCCAGAGGGAGACUGUUUGUUUGGUGCAGUGCAAGGAUAUUUAAAAAUAUUGGGGUGGGAACCUAGUAGGUGUUUUGAUACUGUUCAUGUGCCAUGGGGGCGGCUUUGUGAUAUUUCUACUGCUCAAAAUCAAUUGAUUGGAGCAUCAAUCAAGCUGACCAAUGUCCAGGUUUACAUCGUAGACCUGAAGAAAUGCCUACCAAUGGGGUGUCCCGCUGAAUUCAAAGAAGCACCUUUACCCACCAGCCCCUUGGUGCAACACCCAAAACUGAGAAAAAGUUUCACAAAAAGUGAAAGACCUGUGAAUUUGAACAAGAGCGGUAGCCUUGAUGUUGAUGUGACUAUUGAAGAAUGUACUUCAGGAACAGAUCCAGAGGAAGAGUCUAUCGCUGAUAUAACGAAUACUAAGGAUUAUAAUGAGAUAUUUGGAGGAAGAGGAUUGACAAGAACUCCUCCUCCAGUUCCGGAACCGUUUCAAGAACCCGAACGCGAAUUUACCCCAUUAAUACUCAACCAGCAGCGGUACCUUGACCCGACCGAACCACAAAUCCUCGGCGAUCACAACGGCACCAGCGACAAUUGCGAGGCUCUCUCCUUGGAUAAUUACGAGAAUCCCAAACCGACCGGAUUCACUCCCAAAUAUUCCCGAUCAAAAUCCAAUGUAGAUCAGGUGUACCAAAGUAAACUUUCGAAACAACCGGAUAGGGAGAACGUACCGAAUAAUAAGAUUGCGGUGAAACCGACCCCGAGGUACUCCGUACAGAGGCAGUUUUCCGUUAAAGAUGGUGGUGACGUAGAGACGAAGACGAGGAGUGAAAAUAUCAAACAUAGUGCCUCAGAGGCAAAUCUUAAUAGAGGAGGCGGUACCUCACGUGCGACUUCGAGGAAAAACUCAUUCUCGAAACCAACCCGGAACUCGAGCGUACCAAACGUUUCGGUGAAAAAUAAUUUGAGGAGCCUAGAUCUGUCCAAGCCGAAAUCUAAAGUGGAGGAUCUUUCGUCUCCGACCACUCCCGAAACCGAUUUUGUACCUACGACAGUAGACAGGCCCGCCGGGAUCGACCUGAAUGAAUUUUUACCUAAAAACCACGAUUUCAUCGGUGGCCGUAAUCAACUACCGGAAAUGUCCGAAACGGAAGGACGUGGAAUUUUAAUCGGCGGCCAUAAAGCGAUGCUCAGUAUUUUAAAGAACCGAAACAAGAAUUUGAAAAUUCACAUGAAACUUUACCAACAGAACAACGAUAUUAAGAGCGCGGUCGAGUCGGCGGCUAUGUUGGAAGAUAUCGGAAAUUUCGUUGAUAUUUUACGAGUUAUUAACAGCAGACAUUCGGUUUGGAGCCUGGAUCUCUGCGUUAUAGUACUGCCAAAGCUGUUAGACCUGAUUUACAGUAAAUAUGAGGAGUACAUGACGCUGGCGUGCAACUCCUUAAAACUGAUCCUCCGAUUGUUCGGGGACGUAAUACGCACCAAUGUCCAAUCCCCAGUGGGAUCUUAUGGCGUCGAUAUCCCUAGGGAGGAACGCUACCAAAAAGCGGUAAAAUGCCACGAGCUUCUCAGUCAGAUACGGGCAUGUGCGGAAAAGAAGGCGAGUCUCCCCGGGAAAGUGGGGACUACACUCAAGGAGCUGAAGGUCAUGAUGGCAGGGGCAUUGGAUUGAACUUCUCUGGUCUACCGAUCACUUUUAACAACUGUGAUAUUAAUGUUUGUAAUCGGAAGCAACCCGUUUUACUUUUUAAUGGUAUUGUUUGUUUUAUGAGUCGCAGGAAAGAAUUUAAGACUUAAUAAUCCGUCCAAUAAAAUUUGUAACCUUGUAGAUUUUUUAACACUUAGAUGAUAACCUUUGUAAGUUCACUAAGUAGAGUUAGGGUCUUUUUACUAAUCGUUUUUAGCUCAUGAAGAGGUUACUUUUUAUUGUUAGUUUGUAUGUCUUGCCCCGAAUGGUCGAUGCAUUGUGUAUUUAUUUAAUUGUGCCAUUUUGUUCGUUUGUUUUUUGGUUCUUGUACUUUUUGUUUUGUAACCCGAGAACCUCCAUAAUGUAAUAAAUUGUUAGCUUUUAGGUUUUAAACGUAUUUAAAUUGAAUUAAACGAGUAAUUUACCAUUUGUUUAAAUAAACAUUUUUCUCCUAA